CUCUCGCCUCCGCUGCCGCUCGCUUCUUCACGGUUUCGGCACACUUGCCUCCCCGCGUCGAGCAGCGGCCGCGGCCGGGUGGCGGGGCCGGGGCCGGGGCCGGAGCCGCCGGCCGGGGGAGCCGCCUCGGGGCGGUGCCGCGGAGCUCUUAGGCCUGCGCGGCGGCGGCGGCGGGGAGGCGGCGGCAGCCAUGGAGGUGCAGGUGGCUCCGCUGCGGGCCUGGGACGAUUUCUUCCCGGGUUCGGACCGUUUCGCCCGGCCUGACUUCAAGGACAUCUCGAAAUGGAACAACCGGGUGGUCAGCAACCUGCUCUACUACCAGACCAACUACCUGAUGGUGGCCGCCGCCGUCGUCUCCAUCGUGGGGUUUCUGAGUCCCCUGAAUAUGCUUAUUGGUGGUACUGUGGUGGUGCUGGUGUUCAUGGGGUUUGUGUGGGUAUCACACAACAAGGAUAUACUCCGCAGGCUGAAGAAGCAGUAUCCAACUACAUUUGUAGUGGUCAUCAUGCUGUCUAGCUACUUCCUGAUCUCCUAUCUGGGAGAUGUCAUGGUGUUCAUGUUUGGGAUCACGCUUCCUCUCCUCUUGAUGUUCGUCCAUGCUUCUCUGAGGCUCCGGAACAUAAAGAACAAGCUGGAGAACAAGAUGGAAGGAAUAGGCUUGAAGAAGACCCCAAUGGGCAUCAUACUGGAUGCUCUAGAACAGCAAGAGGAUAGUAUCAACAAACUGGCUGACUACAUAUCUAAAGUGAAGGAGUAAGCAGCUGCAACGUGGCAUUUUUACCUGUUGCAGGAGUGUAGUUGCUAUUUACUAUUGUUCAAGCUUGCUUUCAGUUUGUGUACAAAACAGGAAAUGCACGUGGUACAGAUUAAUAGUUGCAGGAUACAGGUAUUCCAGGGUCUUCAGGGCUCCUCUAAGAACAUAAGAGCAGCAACUUUUUUCUAUUGUAUAGCAAAAUCUACUGGUGUUUACACAAAUACAUACUAACUUAAAUGUGUUUGCUUGUCUCUUCUUCUGGGAGGUAGAGGAGGAAGAGAUGGAAACCUAUGGAAUGCAAACUAUCUUGUAGCAAAUUUGUCUAUUAAAAGUAACACCCCUUUCAUCUCAGUUCUACAAGAUGGCAGUUUAGCCAGUUUAUGCUGAGUAGCCCCUUCAGGCUGGCAAUAUUCAAGGUGAGCUGGAACAUAUCAAAAGUAGGUAUCUCUUGCAUCCUCCAAAUCCCUCACUUGAGUGGUCUGUAUUGGGACCAUGUUGCUAGCUUAACUGGCAAGCAGUAAAACUGUGCAGUACUUGUAAUGAAUAUGGGUUCCUGUCCUCACCUCACAUUCCUCCUUUAGCAGCUGGGAAACAGUCUAAAUAGAUCUAAGCAUGAAGACUAUGUAUGGCACUGUGCCUCUGUCAGUUCCAGUAAAAUGCACCUUUGGUCUCUCCAAACUCUUGAUCUAUAGAAAAUGCUCCUGUCUGCAGGAGAGUCAAAAUUCCUUGCAUACCAGCUAAGCUAUGGCCAAGCAUGGGAGAAAAGAAAGUUUUCAGAUACAUUGGAUGAGCAAGGAUUCUACCCUAUUGAUGUUUUUUAAAUACUGCUACUUUAGGACUUACCUUGUUCUCCUUUAGUCUGUAUAGGCUGUUUUGUAGAUGGAGGUGUAUGUGUGUUCUCGAGCGUGGGUCAUUUUUUUCUUUCUUCUUAACCAGAAUGCAAAGUUAUAAGUAAAACAUGUGUCUCACUGACUCUGUACUUCUGACACUCUUCGAAGGAAUAAACUAGAUUUCAGGUUUACAAGUAAAAGCAAUAAAUGUCAAGAUGCAGUUUUUGAAAACCCGUUCCAAAUUCAUGAAGAUAUUUGCCUGUAACAACUCCUGAAAGUGGUGUGGGGGAUUCUUUUAUAUAUAUAUUUUAACUUAACUGCCAGCUCUGAUGGAAUUAUCUUGAUAACAAGAGCUUACCAACAACAGGGGGGAAAAAAGUUGUCCAGGUGACACUCCAUUUCAGAUAUUCUUGCAUUUCGCUUUUCUAAUGAAGUAAUUAAUUUAACAAAAAAGCAAGGAUCCUUAAAGUUGAAGCUUUUAUGUAACUUACCAUGCUGUUUUCAUAGUGAACUGUGUAGAAAUCUGAACAUGUCAUUCCAUUUAAGUGUUAAAGUGAUCAGUAUUUAUUGAAAAUGUCUGUAUAUUCCAGCUGAAGAGUCAAUGGCUUGUUCCUCACUUGUAGCGCAUGGUCUUUGUUUUUUGAAAACUGUUUCCACGCUUAAAGAACGUAGUGGCCUAUGACUUCAUUACUGUAGAAUUUAAAAUACUGAACAGUUAUGAAGAAAAAUAAAUUCUAAUGGUCAUUA